AUGGAAGUAAAAGUGAAUAAAAAGGUGAAAUCCGCAACAGAUGAGGAGUUGCAAUCGCUUUCCAAAGAGGAGUUGAUAACUAAAAUCAGACAGCUUGAAGCACACAACGUUCAAUUGAAAAGCAUUGUACAGAAAAGCCUUAAAUCUCAUGAAGAAGCUACACAUGGCAAAGCGACGAAGAAGCAUCGUCCGUUCGAUUUUAGCAAAUGCUUCAAACGGCACAUUUUGUUGCGUCUUUAUUAUCUCGGUUGGGACUAUCAAGGUUUUGCAGCGCAGGAAGAUUCCAUUGAAACGAUAGAACAUCACUUGUUUGCUGCACUGAAGAAGGUAUGUCUGAUCGAGGGUCGUGAAACUUCGAACUACAAUCGUUGCGGGCGCACGGAUAAGGGUGUCAGUGCGUUUUGUCAGGUGAUAAGUUUGGAUGUUCGCUCCAAGUUUUCACCGGAAGAACAGCUAGAAGAGAGCAAUCUAGAGGGUGAGCUCGAUUAUUGUUCGAUGCUUAAUCGGGUGCUGCCCGUGGAUAUUCGUUGCAUUGCCUGGAUGCCGAUGGUAAAUCCUGCGUAUAGUGCCCGCUUCGAUUGUCGAUCGCGGACGUACCGGUAUUUCUUUCCGCAAGGAGAUUUGAAUGUACCUUUGAUGGAGGAGGGCGCUCGUUAUCUGGUGGGGGUACAUGAUUUUCGAAACUUCUGCAAAAUGGACGUUGGAAAUGGAGUUGUAAACUUCGUGAGAAGCAUCGAUGCAAUUAGCAUACAAAUGUGUCAAGAAGAUUAUCUGGAUAAUGAAAGUUAUAAUAUGUUGUGCGUCGAGCUAACGGGUAAAGCAUUCCUUUGGCAUCAGGUUCGAUGCAUCAUGGCUGUACUGUUGCUGGUUGGACAGGGAAAGGAAGAACCGUCCGUGGUGAAAGAAUUGUUGGAUGUUGAGAAGAAUCCCUGCAAACCACAGUACAGUAUGGCAAUCGAUGUGCCGUUAAAUCUGUACAAAUGUCAGUUUAACGAGAAAAGCAUCCAACCUGCCGGAGAAGAACAGCAGGAAUCGGACGGUGGAAGCGAUUUGCGGAAUUGGAUCUUCAAACAUGAGAAUGUGGUGCGAACAAUCUGCGAGUUGCAGGGAUUGUGGAUGAAACAAAAUGUGAAAUCAACAAUGAUUCGUGACAUGUUGCAUGAAUUGGAACGUGUGGGAUCUUGGCGCAUGUCAGGUCAAGCAACACAACUGACCGAAGGGGUAAAAAGUAAAGAAUAUCGUCCCUUGCUACAACGGCAACAAUGUGAGAGUCUGGAGAAUCGCAUCGAACAUUAUGCCAAGAAGCGACGCAUCGAGGUUAGCACUAAAUCAAACGACAGCAAUGCGGACGGAAGCGACGAACCGAUGCAGCAGAGUGUAGCCGACGACGGCACCAAUAACGACGGUUAUGUAGAUCAUGGUGUGACGGGAAUAGAAAAUUAG